CUACUCUGCUAAUUAAAUGCUAACCCACAGUUUUUAUAUCAAAUCAAGAAAGAGACACCAGAGCUGAACUCUACAGAGCAGGCAUGGCGGCGACCACCGUGAUUGGCGAACAUGACUACGACAGAGCUCAAGAAAUCAAGGAUUUCGACGACACAAAACUCGGAGUCAAAGGCCUCGUUGACUCUGGUCUCACCUCCAUCCCCCGCUUCUUCAUCCACCCACCCGAAACUCUACCCGACGUUCGAUCCGAUACAAAACCCGAUUCCCAACAAACACCGAUCCCCACCAUCGACCUCGCCGGCCUGCACACCCAUCACCGUUCAUCCAUCGUUGACCAAAUCAACCACGCGUGUCGAAAGUUCGGUUUCUUCCAGGUCAUAAACCACGGAAUCCCGUCGGCAGCUCUGGACCGUACGAUCUCAGCCAUCAAGGCCUUUCACGAGCAGCCGGCGGAGGACAAAACACGGGUCUACAGUAGGGAUAUGGUCACGGGCGUACGGUAUAUCUCCAACUUCGACCUCUACAGCUCAAAAGCCGCCAGCUGGAGGGACACGCUAACAAUUAGGUUGGGCCCCACGCCGGCGAAUCAUCUAGAGGUGCCUGAGAUCUGUCGGGAUGCGGUUGCUGAGUGGGAUCAGGAGAUCCAACGGCUGGGAGGUGUGCUAAUGGAGCUUGUGAGCGAAGGGCUGGGAUUGAAUGCGUGGAGAUUGAGGAAGAUGACGUGUCUGGAAGCGAGGGUGAUGGUGGGCAAUUACUACCCCUACUGCCCGCAGCCUGAUCUGACGGUGGGGAUUGCUUCUCACUCUGACCCGGGAGUUUUGACCGUGCUGCUUCAGGACCAAACGGGUGGAUUGCAGGUUAAAUAUGGUGAGGGUUGGCUGGAUGUGAAGCCGGUCCCCGGUGCUCUUGUUAUCAACGUCGGGGAUUUGCUUCAGAUUAUGUCCAACGGAGAAUACAAGAGCGUAGAUCAUCGGGUGUUCGCUAACCCAAAACGCGAAGCACGCGUGGCAAUUGCAGUGUUCUUCAACCCAAGUAAUACAGAGGAUACGUAUGGUCCACUAUCGGAGAUGGUCUCGCCGGAGAAACCGGCACUUUACCAGCAAUUUACGUUGUCAGAAUUGAUGCAAAGGUUCUUCAAUAAAGGAUUGGAUGGCAAAGCUUUGGUAAAUCACUUUAGGCUGUAAAACGACGUAACCAAACGUUGGCCAAGUUCAAUUCAAGCAUCGCCUCUCUUACUUUUAAUCCAACCACAAUAACAAGCUUCAGAAGAUCUCAAGCUUUUAGUUUACAAGGUUGAGUGGCUACUCAUCUACUUGGUUCACCUUCAUAACGUCUAAGGUCUUCCCAAGUAUCGCUUGAUAAGCCCCUUCACAAGCUUAAAGGCCUCAUAAGCUUUAGAAGAGUAAGUGUCGAAAGGAAGCGAAAGGGUUGGACAAUGCACAGUAGGGACUUGAAAGUUGAAACACCAAAACUUUUUUGUUGAAUUACAUGAACAAUUUAUUUUUUGUGGUUA